GUGGUGGUGGUAGUGGUGGUGGUGGUAGUGGUGGUGGUGGUGGGCCACGGGCGGCUGGUUGACCCUCCCGCCCGAAGCAGCAUGUGGCGCCUUGGUUUUGGCACCCCGAGGCACUACAACGACCAUGAACUCUAUUGCGGCGGCUACACGCGUCAGUGGGUGCUGAACAAGGGCCGUUGCGGGGAGUGCGGCGACCCCUGGGAUUUGCCGCGGCCACGCCCACAGGAGACGGGGGGAGCGUACGGCACGGGACAGCUCGCCAGGGUGUACCGCAAGGGCCAGGUGGUGACGGCCAGCGUCCACCUCACGGCCAACCAUCUGGGCUGGUUUGAGUUCCGGCUGUGUCCCGUGAACGAGCCGGGGCGCUACGUGAAGCAGUCCUGCCUCAACCAACACGUGCUGGCGCAGGAAGACCGCCCCGGCAGCAGGUAUUACCUCAAGGACGCCAGCACCGGCCUGUUCCGUGUCCGCCUCCGCCUGCCCGCCGGCCUCACAUGCUCGCGUUGUGUUCUACAAUGGCACUACACCUCAGGCAACAACUGGGGCUUCUGCAAGGACGGCAGCAGCCAGCCGGGGUGCGGGCCGCAAGAGGUGUUCCGAGGCUGCUCGGACGUGGCGAUCUUCGCCCCCGACGACCCGACUCUCCUCCAGUACAGCAAUUUGACCACGGCGCCAGAUCUCUCCGCGUUCCUGAGGCUCAACGAAACAAGCGAGUACCCAAGCACCAAGGAACCUCAACGGCUCCCCGUCCUGAGCGGUGACCUCGUCGAUCCUUUGCACGAAGAGGACGAGGAUGAGCCCCUCUCAGCCCACUUGCCCCUCUCUAACGACACCCACGUGGAGGGAACGAGUAGCGAGUUCAGUGCCUCUCAAACGACUGAACGGAAAUCUGCGAGUGCCAUCAUCUCCCGUGCCUCUCCCAAAGACAUGAGGCCACAAGUGAAACACGCGGGAAAGGACGACCUCUCCAAUAGCUCCACGGUCUCUAAAGAGCCGCGGCAGCUUGCGCGGCAGCAAAGACCUGUGACAACCCUCGGCUCCAGGAAGUAUAUGCCGUCUUACUUCUUCAGGAAAACAUUACUGGAGCCGAAGAGGAAGGUCACUUCCGCCCCAACGCCAUCACGGGCCGAGGCACCCGAGGCCAGCCCCCGAAGCCUCGCUGCACUUCACGCCAACGACACACCGACCGCCCGAAGCGUCGUACAACUCCGACCUUCACUCAACCGUUCCCAGAGCGAUUCGUACACAGCCACGUCAGAGUUCAACUCCACCUCCCCCCCGCGACCCAUAGCCACCCACAGACCACUCCUGAUGCCUGGCGCCGCGGCCCCAGACACAUCGAAGGAAAGUGAGAAAAAGGAGGACAAGGGUGGCACUGAAAACCCGCCGCCCCUCAAACUAAAGGUGUUACACGACUCUGUGGCGACAAGUGCUACAGUUGUGCCCCAGCUGGCAACACUGCAAGUGAGUCCCUCCUUUCCCUCCCUCCCUCCCUCCCUCUUCCUUUCUUUUGUAAGCACCGUCGACGAGGUCUAUUCUUUGUCCUCGCUUUAGUCUUCCGUUUCGCCCACUAACGAUUGCAGUAGCGGCGUGGGGUAAGCCUUUGCCGCGUCCCCCAAAACACUGCCCUUGUUAAAACCCUU